GAUUAAUUAUUUGAAGAAUACAUGCACAGAUUAAUUUUGAAAAAGAUAUAUACAUUCAGUAUCAUUGGUGGUCAAAGGAAGAUCUCACAUUCAGUUGGCAGAAAACUUUGUUCUUUCAUUUCAUCGUCUUCAUCUUGUAUUUCAAAAGUUUGUUCAGGAUUAAGGCACAAAUCUAGAAGCGCGUCCCAAACAAAAUCCGUAAAAAAUAUGGCAAUGAACAUGGAAAAUUCAUCAAAGGAUUUAGUAAACGAAGUUGAUCAUGUUGACAUGCUCGAUGCCUCGUUUGAUGCUUAUGAAGGAGUUAUAAUAAACAUUAAAAAUGACAUGGAUGAAAAUGUUUUUACCGCUUUACUUCAAACAUCAAUAUCCCAAUGGAGGCAGCAGGGAAAGAAAGGAGUGUGGCUUAAAUUGUCUCUUGAACAUGUGAAUCUUGUAAAGCCUGCAGUAAAGGAAGGAUUUUGGUACCAUCAUGCUGAACCAACAUACGCUAUGCUCGUGUAUUGGAUCCCUGAAACUAAUCAUACCCUCCCACCAAAUGCUUCACAUCGAGUCGGUGUUGCUUCUUUCGUUGUGAACAAUAAUGGCGAGGUUCUUGUGGUUCAAGAGAAAAGCGGAGCAUUUAAAGGAACAGGUGUCUGGAAAUUACCAACUGGUACUGUUGAGGAGGGAGAAGAUAUAAGUGCAGCUGCCAUCAGGGAGGUGAAAGAAGAGGCUGGAAUUGAUACAGAAUUCAUGGAAGUCCUUGCAUUCAGGCAAAGUCACAAGUCAUUCUUUAGCAAGUCAGAUUUAAUGUUUGUUUGUAUGUUAAAACCAACAUCUUUGGAUAUUGAAAAGCAGGAUUCUGAGAUUGAAGCAGCACAGUGGAUGCCAGUUGAAGAAUAUGCCAACCAGGCCUUUGUAAAGAAGCACAAAUCUUUUGAUUACAUUGCUAAAAUAUGCAUAGCAAAGAAAGAUAACAAAUAUGUUGGAUUUUCUCCAUUGCUUACAACAACUGCUUCCUCUGCCAAAAAGAGUUACCUGUAUUCUAAUUAUCAAUUGGAACAGUAGUAAUCUAGUGCCUGGAUUCAACAUACCCUGAUGAUGAUGAUGAUGAUGAUUGUAAUUAAUGUUUGAUAAUAUAUAUUGGUUGGUUGUAUUCAUUUUUUAUAUAUUUACUUUCUGAUAAACAUAUGUACUAAAAUAUUCUAUUAUUUAUAAACUUCUAUUUAUUUAUUAA